CUGAAGGUGUUUUUCUGUUUUAACAGUCUCUGUUUUAUCUCUUUCAAAGCAAAGCGCUGUGAUUAUCCCCAUAUAAAGAAUGGAGCUCUAUCUUGGUCCAACACAUACUACAGUGAUGUCUAUUUUCCAAAAAAGGAGGGACAGACAAUUAGCUUCAGGUGCAAGCGCGGCUUUCUGCCAGAAAAUAAAAAGUCCUGGUAUAGAAUUAGAUGCACCAAUUUGGGAUGGGAUCCAGAACCUAAAUGCUUCAGACUAUGCACCCCUUCUAAACACUUGCCACAUGGCGAAGUAAUUUAUGACUCUAAGAAAAACUUCAUCGAGGGUGAUACCAUUUCAUUUCGUUGUGAUGCAGGAUACCAACCUGAAAAUAAAGCAACGGCCACGUGUACAAAAAAUGACUGGUCUCCUCCUCCAAGCUGUUCCUCCAUGUGUAAGCUUUACUUGAUAACUGAUCAAUAUAUCACGGAUUAUGGAUUCAGCCUAUCUGAUUCUGCCUCAAACAAGCCACAUUAACUCCAUACCCUUACUGCCAUUAUAGUUCUGUAACAAAUUCCUUUAAAUACAGAAAUGUGCCACUGUAAAUAAAGGAUUUAUAGGAUCACACUGAAAGCUAAGGGCUCAUCCAUAUCUCUGUCUGCGCCAUUAU